GGGAAAGGGGAAUUUGGCAAGGCACGGCCGACAAUACAAUUGGGCUGGCUACUCCUGUACGGGAAAUCAUGGUGGCGGGCACACGAAGUGAUAGCAAUAGGCUUCUGGGGGGCCCUCAGCAGGGGCAAGUCACGGCAAGCGGGACAGCAGUGGGAGGGGAAAUAGCUGUCGAUCAAAGCGGCAUGGCGCUCCCUCCACUUUUAUCAUUUCAGGUCCCAGGAGCCACGAGCAGUGGAUGCCAAUUCAGAACGGAUCCAGUCCAGGAAGGAGGGAUGAACAGAAGUCACGUGCCAGUGGGACAAAUUUCGCAAGCUGGUGCCAGGAGCGGACAUCCAAGGGACCCCUUGCCCGGAUCUGGUCUGGAGAAUCGUGUAAGAGGUAAUGUUCGCUGUAUAAUUUGGAUGGUAGGACAUUCCUUCAUUUCGCGAGCACAGGAGCGGUCAAAGGUGCGACCCAAUGGGCAACAAUUAGGCUUCCUGGAGGAGCAGGCAACGGUGAGGUGGCUGGGGGUUGGGGGACUUUGCUGGGAGGAAGUAGUCCCGAUGAUAAUACAAGAAGCAAGACGUGUAGGGCCUCCUAACAUAAUUUUAGUGCAUGCUGGGGGCAACGAUUUGGCAAGAUGCCCCAUGAAACAGCUCACAAAGAAUAUUAAGAGGGAUUUCGUCAGGCUGUGGUCAAUAUUUCCGGGCGUCUGUUUGUUAUGGUCGGAGAUAUUGCCGAGGAAAAAGUGGCGGGGUGCACGGUCACACGGGGCGGUUGAUAGUGCGCGAAUAAAAAUAAACAAGGCCGUUUCUAAGUUUGUUCAAGGACAGGGUGGAGUUGCGAUUAGGCACAGGGAGUUCGAUAACCCCAGCGAAUAUUGUUGUGCGGAUGGAGUUCACUUGAAUGAGCUGGGCAUGGAUUUGUUUAAUUUUAAUCUAUGGGAUUCCCUGGGCUUUGCAUGGAGGGUAUGGAGGGGCAUGCAGCAUUGAAGGCUUACAACACUGCAUGCGGUGGCGGGGCCCCUUGUCAGUCUGCCAGGGGGGUGAGAGCGGGUGCCACCAAGAGUCAGAGGUUUGGAUAGUGGUUUAACCCCUAAAAGGUGGGUGGCCACAGAUGGUGGAGUGGUGGUAACCUAGUACAUGAGACGGAUUGGGAAUUUUGGGGAGUUAGUGAUCAAGAGCAGCGGCUAUUGAAGUCCCAGAGUUAAUGGGCGGCUGCUUUUUCUCUGAGCCAAUGGGUUGCGGCUGGAGGACGUCAAGGGCCAGUGUGCUGAAGGGCAGGCUGACUAGGGGGCUCUAUAUUUGGCACUGUCAUAGAAAAUUGUGAAAGGAGUUAUGUACCGUUAUGAAAUGUUACAUGGUCAUGCUUACAUAUGGAGUUAAUUUAUAUAUGCGGAGAUUGUUGGUUAUGAACAUGGUUAUAGAAUUAAUUGUAAUCAAUAAAGCUGUGGCCAGUUUUAU